AUGGCAGGUGAAAAGGCUGAGAAGCCAGCUACUAUGGAGAAGAAACCUGAAGCCAAGAAGGCUAAUGCCAGUGGUAAGGUUCAGAAGAGUAGUCUCAAGACCAAAAAGCCCAAAAAAGGGAGGCUUCACUGCAGCCAAAACCCGGUUCUUGUCAGAGGAAUUGGCAGAUAUUCCCAAUCUGCAAUGUAUUCCAGAAAGGCCAUGUACAAGAGGAAGUAUUCAGCAGCUAAAUCCAGGAUUGAAAAGAAAAAGAAGGAGAAAAUUCUUGCCAAUGUCAUAAAACCCAAUGGUGGUGACAAAAAUGGAGGUACCACAGUGGUUAAACUUCACAAAAUGCCUAGAUAUUAUCCUACUGAAGAUGUGCCUCAGAAACUGUUGAGUCAUGGCAAAAAAACCUUGAGUCAGCAUGUGAGAGAGCUGAGAUCUAGCAUUACUCCCAGGACCUUUCUGAUCAUCCUCAUUGGUCAUCACAGGGGCAAGAAUGUGGUUUUCCUGAAGCAGCUGGGCAGUGGCUUGCUACUUAUGACUGGAUCCCUGGUCCUCAAUUGA